AUGGUCUCCUUCGAUGUGACGUCGUUAUUCACAUCCAUCUCACCAAACGUGGCCCGCGAAUUCUUGCGCAAGAGACUUGAAGAGGCGUACGAUGAGACUCAAAAUGCCCUCAAAAUUGAACACCUAAUGAGGCUGUUUGAACUCUGCCAACAAACUUUCUUCACUUUUGCGGGAGAGACCUAUGAACAAAUCAAGGUAGCCCCAAUGGGCUCACCGGUCUCCGGUUUGGUGGCAGAACUGGUCCUACAGGAGUUAGAAAAGAUUGCCUUCCUCCAACAUUAA